CGCACUGACAGUAAUAUUCAUCAGGCUCAGUCAACCAGUCGUCACCACCAUCGCUUAUACAGCUAUGCCCAUCGCGGAGCUUUUGGGAGUCCAGUUCGACAUGCAGCUGCUGUUGAAACUGAGUCUCUCCGUGGCUGCGGUGCUGCUGGUGUCAUGGGCGUUCCGGUUCUACAGCUCCCGGGACACGACGAAAACUCAGCUCUGUGUCGAUGGCAACAAAGAGCCAGGAAAAGCCACCUGCCAGAACUGCAAGACGACUUUACCGUGUCAAAGCUCACCAAGACACGACACCGAUGAUGGGGGACCCUCGCACCCAGCCACUGAUGACCUGACAUGUGACAGCACCGAGGAAACACCAGCAGCAGCACAUGGAUGCCAAGCUGAUAAGAGUGAGGAUGCAUUUUGUAUGUCAUGCAGUGACCAAAAUUCCAGCAUGAUAGAAGAGAUAAUCCCUCAUCAGACGCAGGCAGAGGUUGCCACCAGUAAUAUUUCUUUUGGAUCUGCUUUGAACUUUCCGCAUCCAACUAAGAGUGGGAUGGCCAGUACAACGGGGCGCCGCUCCCCGUGCUUUCUGAAGAAGCUGGAGGGCAGUGUGGGCGUGGGCAGGGAGUUAAGGCAGGACUUGGAGCGCCAGGGGGCCUACUCGAGCUUCCUCUCCAAGGCAGAGAUCAAAGUGGAGGAUGCUAACGUGGUGCUGGAGGAAACAGGAGACCAGAUUGUGCGCGGAAAGAUAUAUGAUUACUAUGUUGAGUCUUCCUCUCACUCUAUUACAGACUCAAACACAGCGCCUGGUCAGUAUGAGAGGAACUCUGAGUCACAGCCAGUGGAGCGUGGAAGUCGUGGCAGCAGCCUCGCAGAAUCCCCUUCCUCUCUGAGCCCCAUCAUCAUGCGUGAUCUGGUUUUACCUCAAAGCACUGCUGAGGAUCCCUUCUCGCCAGGAAGCCUCAAGCUGAGGCACCCCACAAGGCCUGCACUCCUACGCAAAGAGAGCUAUCUGUCUGCGGCAGAGCAGUCUGAGCUUUCCAUCCCUUUCCUAAACGCGAGCACCUCAACUCCAGUGACUCACUCUCUGUCCUCAUCCCGCACUGAGUGCAACUCUGCUCACCCUGUGAUCCGUCACUCUACAGACAGUAAGGGCCUUAAUGUGAGGGAGGGGGCAGAUCUACAGGCUGUAGAGGCAUUUUCACACCUUCCAGCAAAACCUCUCGACAGCACAGAUUUGGAAAGCUUGAAGAGUAAACUUGAUCUGGGUAACUGUUUGGAGACGCUGUGUCUGGCCAAGAAACAUGGCCAGACCUCUGUGCAGCAAGCAGCCAUGGGAGUCAUGUCAGACAACUACCUCCAGGUGCUCAGGGACCCCAACCUUUACGGGCGGCUAAUGGCUGGCGAGCGAGAGCAGAUCCAGAAGCAGAGAAUGAGAGGGAGAAACUUUGUCAUGGUGGCAGAUAUGGACCCUCAAGACUGGACGAGGAACACAGGAGGCCCGGCGGCGGAGACGGAGCAGAGCAGGACGUCCAGUGCAGUGUACUAUUAUGAUGACUACAAAGACGCCUGGCAUACACUCUGCCUCAUCCCACAGGAGGUCAUCUCUAAAGCCUGUGCCAUGUGCACAAUGGAUAACUACUUAUUUGUGGCAGUGGGCUGCCAAGGCACGGACAGAGAAAUGACACCCUCAAAGCGAGUGUUUUGCUACAAUCCUUUGACAUCCAUUUGGAAGGAGAUCAGUCCGAUGAAUGAAGCCAGGCCCCGCUGCAAACUGGCAGCUCUGGAGGGCUACAUCUACGCCAUCGGUGGGGAGUGCCUGUCCUCAGUGGAACGCUACGACCCGCGAUUGGACAGAUGGACUUUUGUGGCUCCACUGCCUAAUGAUACAUUCGCUGUGGCACAUCACGUCACAGUGUGCAGAGGAGAGCUUUUUGUUUCUGGGGGAACUCUUAGAUAUAUGCUGCUGCGCUACAGCCCCAAAACCAACACCUGGAGGCCGAGUCUGUUGGUAGGCAGCAAGGACAGAACUGCAGAUAUGGUAGCUGUGGGGAGGUUUCUCUACCGGUUUGAUGUUAACCCGCUGCUGGGCGUGAGCGUGUACCGCUACCACACAGUGGCUCGGCUGUGGUACGAGUGCAGCUCCAAAAGGCUCCAGCGCUGCCCUGCCUUUCAGUGUGUCACGACGGACAGCACAAUCUAUUGUGUCAGCCGCCAGUUCACCAUGAAGUUUGAGGCUGAUGAGAUCUCUCCAGGUUUCAGAGAUGAGAAUUCGAGUGUCCUCUCCGCAGCGAAGGGCAUACUUUUCCCCUUUGUCCUCUCGCUCCCUGAUAAGACGCCUCGGCAGACCAGUGUAUAAGGAGGAUUCAGUUUUCCAUUAAUGAUAAGAU